CUUCAUCACUCCUCACACUUCACUCCCUCUUUUCCAACAAUCAAGCUACACUACUACUAUAAUAUAAUAUUCCCGUACUAUCCUCUAAAAAUGGGGUCGAUUUACACUUAUGCCACUCUCUCUCUCUUCUUCUUUCUCUCUCUUCACCUUACAACCGGCGCUCUUGUUAAACAACAACCUCUAGUACUAAAAUACCACAACGGCGCACUUUUAAAAGGAAAAUUCAAUGUAAAUUUAAUCUGGUACGGUAAAUUUACACCAGUACAACGUUCCAUUAUCGUUGAUUUCAUCCAAUCAUUGAGUUCAACGCGGGCCCCACGUCCUUCUGUAUCAUCAUGGUGGAGAACAAUUGAGAAUUACAAAGGAGGAGCUAGUACCCUUGUUGUAGGGAAUCAAAUCCUUCAUGAAAACUAUCCAUUUGGUAAAACUCUAAAAAACUCCCACAUCGUUGGGCUUGCUUCUUCCAAGCCCAAGCCCAAUAACAAGCCCAACAAUAACGUGAUUCAUUCGAUUGAUGUUGUUUUGACGGCAGAUGAUGUGGUGGUAGAUGGGUUUUGUAUGAGGUGUGGGUCACAUGGAGUAUUGGGCCGGAGUAAACGGGCUUAUAUAUGGGUUGGGAAUUCUGUAACCCAAUGUGCGGGUCAGUGUGCUUGGCCCUUUUAUAAGCCCAUGUAUGGCCCGCAAACACCGGCUUUAGUGGCACCUAAUGGUGAUGUUGGGGUUGAUGGGAUGAUUAUUAAUUUGGCUACGUUGUUGGCGGGUGCUGUUACGAACCCGUUUUCGGAUGGGUAUUUUCAGGGCCCGUCAACAGCUCCGCUUGAAGCGGUUAGUGCCUGCACCGGGAUAUUCGGGGCAGGCGCUUAUCCCGGGUAUCCGGGUACGGUUUUGAUGGAUAAGGGUAGUGGAGCAAGUUAUAAUGCAUAUGGGGUGAAUGGAAGGAAAUAUUUGUUACCAGCGAUGUGGGAUCCUCAAAGGUCUGCUUGCACAACUCUUGUUUAAUCUCAAUGGAAUGAAGUGAAGUGAAGAAGUUGUAGUGUAUUGUGUAAUACUCCUACGUUUUCGAAAGUUUUUCCUAUUUUGACCUUAUUUUCUCUUACGAAAAACUUCGAGAUAAAAAUAAGAACAACAAAAGAAAAGGAAGGGGUAUUCUGUAAAAUAAGUAAAACAAAAAAAAAGUAGUACUACUUGGAGUUGGACAUGUUGUAGAUAUUUCGUGUUCACGGGUUAAUCUUAUCUGUAAUGGAAUUUGUCAAUUUGGGGUGUAUCCGUGUAUUGUCGUUUUGUGUGUUAACAUGUAAAUUUGGUUCUAGAUAAAAAUGAACAAGUUGAUGAGAA